CCGCUGCUUCACAUCCUUAUGAGGAGCUCCGUUUGGGUCAUGCGCUUUAAAAAAAAGUGACAGAGUCCAACAGAGGCGGACUUGGUACUUUUAUUGAAUAUUUAACUUAAACCUCAACUCUCGAAGUGAGUUUAAGAUGUUUUCUGGAAGCGUUUAACCUCGAGAUGGGCAGCGGAACGAGCCGUGGGACCAAAGUGGCACCUGCGGUACUCGGCGAGGCGAAGCCGGCUAAGAAAGCCUCUUCUUCGGGACUUUCGUCCAAACGAGACGCCUUCGACGCCUUGAGGAUCCACGCCCGCCGCCGAGCACCGGUGGACUGCCACAGCGCCGGCCACGACUCGGAGUUCUCCGGGGACGACGACGACGACGCGGACGCCGAGCUGGCCGGCUACGACGAGGCGGUCGCGGCGGGACGGCGGAGGGGGAAGAAGAACCCGGUGUCCAAGAGGGCGUUCACGAGGACCAGGACGUACGGACUGUGUCACUUCAGUAGCAGGGAGGAAGAUGAGCGGGAGAAGGGGGCGUCGUCGUCCUCCUCCUCUUCUUCGGCCACCGCCGGCCUCGGUGGGGCGCAGGGACCACAUGGCUCCCGGGGAGCAGGCAACAACAAGAGGGGCCAUGAUGCCUUCGCACCUCCGCAUGCCUUCUUGUCAACAGGACCAAUAGAGGAAGAUGUCCCAUUAUCACAAACACAGACCACUUUUGGCCACAGCACGCCCCUCGCCACGCCAGUAAUCCUGUACGACGGCUCUGAAGAAGAACUGAUGGACACCAUCGAGAGGGACUUUAGUUGACCCCUCGCCUCUACUUAACACGAUGUUCACUGUUGUUGUCUUUUUUUGCACAGGCACACUCGUGGCCAACAACACAAGAUGAACACACAAGUAGUUCUCCUCACAACUGAGUUAAUACUACAAUGCGUAACCUUUCUGUUAAUAGUAAAACAGAUAAUUGUCUAGUAGCAGUUGAGGAACAUUUUUUUGUGUUGCUUUGGUAAUAGAAGUGCUGCUGCAUGUAUAGAAGUGCAGGGCGAGUGGUUUUUGGUCGUUGGUGAGGCCAGCCAGCAAAAAGGAAGGCGUGUGCGGCUUGCCAUGUUUAUUUAAGGAUUCCUUCCUGACUACAGUUAAAGCAGCACUUCUCCACUCCUUGAAGAAAAGAAUGUGUGCCGAAAAAUGUCUAAUUAUCGCUAUUGCUUCUCUGUUCAGGCUCCUGCCAUUGUGCUCUGCUGGCAACUAGUGGUGUAACACAAGCUUAAAGUGAGGCUCAACCACGUUGUAAUAUUAAGAGAAUGAAGUCCCAAUAUUACAAGAAAAAGUGUUGUAUUAUGAGAAAAUAUUAUUUUAAGAAAAAGUAGAACAAAAAGUCAAAAGUUUUCUAUUAUAAAGUUGUAAUAUUUGGUGAAAAAGUUGUAUGACAAGAAAAAAAAAGUGGUAACAAUAUGUUGAAAAAGUUUUAAUAGAAG